AUGCCGCUCCAAACUAGAAAGCCAAAAAAGGAUGGAAGAAAAAGGACAUACUCGUUGGUGUCCAACACUACAAACGCACAGGCUGGUCCUAUCGCAAGCCCUAAAACUGUCGAGAACAGUUCACCUUCACAACAGCCUAAUGGGUUAAGACAAGCCCUAAACGCGCCUGCCGUUCCAGCGAACCCACCACGGAAAUCCGCAGAGCCGGCGAAGAAGAUGCCUAAUGUGUUUGAGUUCCUGGAAGAGAAUGAAGAAUCGUCUUCAGACUCAUCGUCGGUAUCGUCGUUGUCAUCGGAGUCCGAGUCCGAAUCCGACGAGGAGCCGGAGCCUCCACACCCUAUACAAACCACCGAGGUCCAGGCUCCCAAGCCGCGGGCAAAUACCGUACCGCACGGAGUGUUGGUCUCAGGAGGCAACACACCCCCGAAGAAAGUUACCCAAUCAGCUCCAGUGGUAUCCAAAAGCCCCAAAGAACCACGAAAGCCCGCGCCGCCACCCGCGCCUUCAACAAGCAAUCAGUUAGUCACCCGAAAGAGACAACUCACUAGAAAGCCGAGCCCGAUCUCGACUGCAAACAUCUCUCCAGGAAAAGGCCAACUAGAAUUGUCCCGACCACAGACCUAUCAUGGGUUAUCAAGAGACAGCGGUGCUGUCCACAGACCACCGCUCCCACCAUCACCCCCAAGAAGUCCAGAAGAUAGCCUUCACCGCACCACGCCGACAAAGCGACGAGACUCCAAUGCAUCGCAAGAGCCAUCUGGAUACGGUCUUCUAGCUUCGCACCUAACCAAGUCCGCCUCACAAGACAGCGGCGGCUUCCCUCCACUAUACCGACGUUUCGAGACUGUCAACCACCGCGUUCUCCUCCACCUCCAAGACGAGAUCUCCCAAAUGGAAGAAGAUCUCCACACGCUAGACGAGUAUGAGGAAAUGCAUCGAGUCAGCACAGCCGAGCAGGAAGGCGCAAAGCCCUUGCCGGCUUCACGACGACGGGACGCUCAGUCCCAGGCUUACUCGUCAUUGCAUUACCGCCGCAUGGAUCUCAUGAGUGUUUUGAUCCAAAAGACAGAACAAUAUAACAACGCCCUCAGCGCCUACAGCAAAGUCCUACAGACGCUCCCGCGAGCCUCGGAACAGGACAUCACGGGCUAUCGCGGCUGGAUGAGAGAGCAUAAGCCCGUCGCUGGGGUCGAGACACGGUUCUUAAUCCAUGACGCGGAUCUGGUCUCCCUCACUCCGCGACUGGCUGCUUCUGCCGCCGCAGCACCCGUCUACAUCGCCAUUAUCAUCGCAUCUGGUGCGCUCCUGCUGCCAUUGUUGGCGUUUAGUCUUAUUGCAGAGUUCUCCGGUCGUCUUGUUGUUGUGACGGUUGUUGGUGGUGCUGCGGCGGCCAUUGCGGCGAAUUAUUCGGCUGGUAUUGAUACACUGGUUGACUCGAGGGAUGGUUGGCGCUGUGCUACGAUAUACUUCGGUUUCAUGACUAUGGCUGCUAUGUUCAUUCCAUAG